GAUAUCUUUUUCUUUUUCUUUUUUUCUCCUUUAAAAAAAUGAGCAAGGCCGGCAUUUGGCGAUGUCUCUGAGGUUUCUUUGUUCCAGUGAUGCAAUAUAUGUGAAUAUUUAAAGAUUUACUCGUUUAUUUUAGAGCUCAAGUUGUUGUCUCUACUUCUUGGGUCCCUCGCUCGAUAGAGGUUGAGAGUCUUCUCCUUGAGUUCUUUUCCUUACCCAUCAAAUUUCUCUGCAACUAACACUCACCGACACAAUCCUAGAAAUCUCGAAAACCCAACAAAGUCCUAGAGAGGCUGAGAGGGGGGAGAGAUUUAUAUUGGUAUGUAGUGUAUGUGUUCUGUGUUCAUGCAGGUGAGUCUGUAUAGUGUAUAUGCUUAAAUUGUUUCUCUGUUGGUCAAUACAUCAGAGUAUGAUCCAUAGAUCCAUGUGGAAGUCCAUUUGGUGAUAGAUUUGGAUCUGGGUCCAAGUCAAUUCAAGAACUUGCCUUGGAAUUUAAGUGGGUUUUGGUUCAAUUUGUCAUCUUUGAUUUGGGUUUGGGAAUUAAGUGAAGCACAAUGACUUGGAAGAACAGAGGAGUUGAAUCGGCUUCAAAGAAUGCGGUGUCAAAGAAAUGGACUCUUCUGCUUUGUAUUGGCUGCUUCUGUGCUGGAGUGCUCUUCUCUGACAGAAUUGGGGAUGAACCUGAAGUUAAAAAUAUAUCAAGGACAACAAGAAUGGAAGAUGAGAAGCUGAAGUUAAUGCCAGAGGACUGUAAUCCACAAAUUGAUGAAAAGCGCGAAUACAAGGACAUUGUGGGGGAAGUUUCAAAGACUCAUGAUGCUAUACAUACACUGGAUAAAACAAUUUCAAAUCUGGAGAUGGAGUUGGCUGCCGCAAGGGCUGCACAAGAUUCUUUACUCAAUGGUUCACCUGUAUCAGAGACUGUGAAAAUAGCUGAAUCGGGUCGCAAAAGAAAAUAUUUAAUGGUUGUAGGCAUCAAUACUGCUUUUAGCAGUCGAAAACGAAGAGAUUCAGUUCGUGCUACUUGGAUGCCGCAAGGAGAUAAAAGAAAGAAGCUUGAGGCCGAGAAGGGCAUCGUUAUUCGCUUUGUAAUAGGUCACAGUGCUACAUCAGGUGGUAUCCUUGAUAGAGCAAUUGAAGCAGAGGAAAAGAAACACGGGGAUCUUUUGAGGCUGCAGGAGCAUGUUGAGGGUUACCUGGAAUUGUCGGCAAAAACCAAGACAUUCUUUGCAACUGCGGUUGCUUUGUGGGAUGCAGAUUUCUACAUCAAAGUCGAUGAUGAUGUGCACGUAAAUAUAGCAACUCUUGGAGCAACUCUAGCCAGGCAUUUGUCAAAGCGUAUGGUAUAUAUUGGAUGCAUGAAAUCUGGUCCAGUCCUUGCUCAGAAGGGAGUGAAAUAUUAUGAACCUGAGUAUUGGAAAUUUGGGGAGGUGGGAAACAAAUAUUUCCGGCAUGCUACAGGGCAGUUAUAUGCGAUUUCCAAUGAUUUGGCUACUUAUAUCUCAAUUAACCAGCAUGUGCUGCACAAGUAUACUAAUGAGGAUGUUUCCUUGGGAUCGUGGUUUAUUGGAUUGGACGUGGAGCAUAUUGAUGACCGGAGACUCUGUUGCGGAACCCCACCAGAUUGUGAGUGGAAGGCUCAGGCGGGCAACAUCUGUGUUGCUUCCUUUGAUUGGAGCUGUAGUGGGAUCUGCCGGUCCGUUGAGAGGAUAAAGGAGGUUCACCAGCGAUGCGGGGAGGGAGAACAUGUCUUAUGGAACACAGCGUUCUGAAGAAUAGUUCUUCCAAACUCAGGAGGACUUGAAGAUGUGGCAAGAAUGUACUAGGAAUAUCAGCAAAUUCAUCGUCGCAAAAAAAAAAAAAAAGUGUAGGAAGCAUGAGAUUUGCCACAUUCUAGACAAAGGAAGAGGCUACAAGGCAAAUCCAUAGAGAGAAAGAAUAUACACUAUAAUUAAUCAUUCUUUAUAAGUUUGGAGGAGAGCCAUUGUGUAAGUUUGUUAUGGCUAUGGGAGCUCCUGAAUAAGUGCCUCAAAAUGUGGGUAGAAUUUGCUGCCUUUCACCCCAUAUAUUAAUGUAUUUUGUGUAUGUAUUUGUUCUUCUUUUGGCCAGAGGAAAUAAAAUAAGAAAAUAUAGAAAAAAAA